AUGGAUGCUUCGGACGCCUCGUAUAAAAAAGAGACACUCACUGGCAACGAGUACUCUUCUACCUCCGAUGUUGAAAAACUAUCGCCGCAUAUCCCCGCAAUAGCCGAUCUAGCACCUCUCAACAUCGAAAUUACCUAUCCCGAGGGUGGUCGUGAUGCUUGGUUGGUGGUAUUGGGUGCGUGGUGUGGCUUGACCUCGUCACUGGGUAUCUACAACACAUCUGGUGUGUUCGAGGUCGUUAUAUCUAAAGUGAUAUUACCGGAGGCUUCUUCGUCUACUCUUGGCUGGAUAUUCUCAGUCUACGCCUUCGUAAACUGGGUCUGCGGAGUACAAAUUGGACCGACCUUUGAUGCCAUGGGCCCGCGUGCACUGAUGGUCGCCGGGACUAUUUGCACGCUAGUUGGCAUUUUCACUCUCAGUGUCUCCACAGAAUAUUACCAGAUCUUCUUGUCAUUCUCUAUUAUGACCGGCAUCGGCUCAUCUCUUCUCUUGACCCCAUCAAUGGGCUCCGUCGCUCAUUGGUUCAUGGAGCGUCGCGGUCUCGCCAGUGGUAUAGCAUUCAUAGGGGGUGGUUUUGGUGGUGUUCUCUUUCCCCUGAUGAUACAAUCACUCCUCCCUCAAGUUGGCUGGGGAUGGUCGAUCCGAAUCCUCGGAUUUGUGCUUCUUGUACUCUGCGCUACCAGCGUGGCAUUUUGCCGAAGCAGAAUUCCUCCCCGAAAAGGAGCCGAAACAACUUGGCGAGAUACAUUGCCAGAUUAUAAAAUCUUCCUGGAUGGAACAGGAGCCAUGGCACUCACAACCACCGGGGUCCUUUUGACGGAUUUGGCAUACUUUAUCCCGAUUACUUACAUACCACGGUACUAUAUCGAUCGACAGGAUCUGUCUGACGAGGAGGCCCUGACGGGAUCGUCGGCAUUUGCAUACCAGCUUCUCGCGAUUCUCAAUGCUGCUUCGUGCGUUGGCCGAUACGUGGCGGGCGACAUGGCGGAUCGAUUUGGCCGAUACAAUACCAUGAUUGUCUCGUUGUUUUUCUGCACAGUAUCAGUUCUAGGUUUUUGGUUACCAGAUAUCCUCGCACCAGGCCUCGAUUCCUACGCAUUACUGGUAGUCUUUAUCCUACUGUUUGGGUUCUGCAGCGGUUCAAAUGUUAGCUUGACACCAAUAUGCCUGGGCCAGCUUUGCGAAACUCAAGAAUAUGGGCGAUAUUAUGCGAGCUGUUUUACGGUGGUAUCAUUUGGAGUACUGGCAAGUAUCCCCAUUGCCGGGGGUCUUUUAGAUGCGGUGGAGGGCACAGGGAAAGAAAAGUAUUGGGGAGUCGCUCUUUUUGCUGGACUCAGCUAUGUGGGCGCUCUUUUGUCUUUUCUAUGGGUCAGGAUCAAAGUGAAGGGGAGAGAUUGGAGAAUAAAGUGGUAA